UUCUAUUUAUUAUUAUAAUUAUUUUCCGAACUUAGGUGAUUGAAUUUUGUUCCAAUUAAACUCUUUUGGAUAAGAAUUGGGAUACGAAUCAAAUCGUAAUCCAACUAAUUAAAACCUUAUCCUAAUCCAGGAGACUAAUACUAUAUUAUAAAUAACCCUUGAUUAAGCCACCAAUAUACGGAUAAAUCAUUCUAUCACUCAUAAUUAAAAUGAAUCGUUCAAUUUUUUCUUCCAUUUUUCUUUGCUCUACAGUGCUACUCUCUGUGAUUCUAUGCAGUUUGGCUACUCAAGUUUCCCAUGAUGGAAGGGCUAUCACAAUCGACGGCGAACGCAGGAUUAUUUUAUCAGGAUCAAUCCACUACCCGCGCAGCACUACUGAGAUGUGGCCUGAUUUGAUUAAGAAAGCCAAGGAAGGUGGAUUAGAUGCCAUCGAAACGUACGUAUUCUGGAAUGCGCACGAGCCGAUUCGAAGGCAGUACGAUUUUACUGGAAAUCUGGAUCUUAUUAGAUUCAUUAAGACGGUUCAAGACGAGGGUCUUUACGUUGUUCUUCGUAUCGGACCGUAUGUUUGUGCCGAAUGGAAUUUUGGAGGAUUUCCUGUUUGGUUGAACAAUCUGCCUGGUGUUGAAUUACGUACGGUCAACACUGUUUACAUGAAUGAGAUGCAGAAUUUCACAUCUUUAAUAGUGGAUAUGGUGAAGCAAGAGAAUCUAUUUGCUUCACAAGGAGGUCCAAUCAUCAUUGCACAGAUUGAAAAUGAAUAUGGAAAUAUUAUGUCUACAUAUGGAGAUGCUGGAAAAGCUUAUGUCAAUUGGUGUGCAAAUAUGGCCGAAUCACUUGAUAUUGGUGUCCCUUGGAUUAUGUGUCAACAAUCUGAUGCCCCACAACCAAUGAUAAACACAUGCAAUGGUUUUUAUUGCGACAAUUUCACACCAAAUAAUCCAAAUAGCCCCAAAAUGUGGACGGAGAAUUGGACUGGAUGGUUUAAGUUUUGGGGUGGCAAAAAUCCACUAAGAACUGCAGAGGAUGUGGCAUAUGCAGUUGCACGCUUUUACCAGACUGGUGGAACUUUCCAGAACUAUUACAUGUACCACGGUGGAACCAAUUUUGGUAGAACAGCUGGUGGACCGUAUAUCACAACAUCUUAUGACUACGAUGCCCCACUCAAUGAAUAUGGUGGCCUAAAUCAACCUAAAUAUGGACACUUGAAGGAGCUUCAUGAUGUUCUUCAUUCGAUCGAGAAAACUCUCACUUACGGCAACAUUUCCUCAAUCGAUUUCGGAAAUUCCGUUUAUGCAACAAUUUAUGCACUGAAUGGAAGUUCAAGCUGUUUCUUUGGUAACACAAAUUCAACAUCAGAUGCAACAAUUAAAUACCAAGGCGUUGACUACACAAUUCCAGCUUGGUCUGUUAGCAUACUCCCAGAUUGUAAGAAGGAAGCAUACAACACUGCCAAGGUGAACACUCAGACAUCGGUGAUGGAGAUGAAAACGAAUGGAGCCGAAAACGAACCGAGCGCGUUGAAAUGGGUAUGGAGAGAUGAACAAGUUAAACAAACUGUUGUUCAUGGAAAGGGCCAAAUAUCUGCUAGCCAUCUUGUUGAUCAAAAGGUCACAAAUGAUGUUAGUGAUUAUUUGUGGUACAUGACUAGUGUGAAACUCGAAAAGAAAGAUCCGAUCUGGAGCCGUAACAUGACUCUUCGUGUUAAUGGAACCGGACAAGUAAUGCACGCUUAUAUCAACGGCGACUACUUAGGUUCGCAAUGGGCUACAUCCGGAGUUUUCAACUACGUAUUCGAGAAGAAAAUCAAGCCGAAACACGGAACCAAUCAAAUAUCAUUGCUCAGCGCCACCGUUGGACUUCAGAACUACGGCGCGGAAUUUGAAAAGAUACGAACCGGUCUACCUGGACCAAUCGAAAUAAUCGGACGAAAAGGCGACGAGACGAUAAUCAAGGACCUCUCGUCGCAUAAAUGGUCGUACCAGGUUGGAUUGAAAGGAUUAGACAACAAAUUCUUCAAUACUAAUAAUUCUGCAGAUCAUCACUGGAAAUCUCAAGAUCUCCCCACCAACAGAAUGAUGACGUGGUACAAGACAACAUUUAAGGCUCCAAUAGGAGAAGAGCCGGUGGUGGUUGACAUGCAAGGGUUAGGAAAAGGUCUUGCAUGGGUCAACGGCAACAGCCUCGGGAGGUACUGGCCGAGCUACGUUGCUGACGUGGACGGCUGCUCAGCCGAGCCGUGUGACUACCGCGGCUCCUACGACAGCACGAAAUGCGUCUGGAACUGCGGCCAGCCUACCCAGAGAUGGUACCACGUGCCCCGAUCUUUCAUGAACGAGGAUGUGAACGAACUUGUCCUGUUUGAAGAAUUCGGCGGGAACCCGAGUUUGGUCAGCUUCCAAACGGUCCGACCCGGGACCGUGUGCGGGUCGGCUUAUGAAAACAGGGAGAUGGAGCUGUCGUGCGAGGGCCGACAGAUCUCCGACAUUAAAUUCGCCGGCUUCGGAGAUGUACGAGGAAGUUGCGGUGCUGCUUUCCAGAAGGGAACAUGUGAAUCCAAGAAUGAUGCAAUGAGCAUUCUCGUUCAGGCAUGUGUGGGGAAAGAAAGGUGUGUGGUGACGGCUUCGGAGGGUAUUUUCGGGUCAACAAAUUGUGAAGAUGGGAUAUCGAAGAGGCUUGUUGUUGAAGCUGUUUGUUAGGUUUAAUUUAUUAUUAUUUUUUUAAAUUAGUAAUGCACAUUUAAUUUAGAGUAGGUAUAUUUUUUGUUUUGGUUCUAUCUUUUAUGAUUCUUUCCGUAUGGACCCCAAUUUAGUUUUUUCAGUACUUGUUGAACCUUUAUCUUAGUAUAAUUUGAAGUAUUUAUCUCCACCUCUAUACUUGUUUC